AUGGGACACUUGAAAGAAACAUUGGGUAUCUCACCAUCUCUCUUGCAUUUCAAUUUUCUAAAAAAAGCUCUGGACAGAAGCAAAUAUUCGCCAAAAAUUAUUUACAGUUACAAGAAUAGUUUCAAUGCAUUUGUUGCUCUAUUAACAAAUGACGAAGUUCAACAAAUAUCAUUAAUGAAAGGAGUAAUAUCUGUUUUUCCCAAUAAAAUCAACCAUAUACUUACAACAAAAUCAUGGGAUUUUAUUGGAUUCCCUCAAACGGUUAAAAGAGAGAAAACGGUUGAAAGCAAUAUUAUUAUUGGAGUACUAGAUACUGGGAUAUGGCCAGAAUCGAAUAGCUUUAUAGAUGAAGGAUUUGGACCACCCCCAAGGAAAUGGAAGGGUUCUUGUGAAGGACUAACUAAUUUCACUUGUAAUAACAAAAUAAUCGGAGCAAGGUUCUACAAGAAAGAUAGAGACUUCGAAAAGGGUGACAUUAAGUCUCCUAGAGACACUGAUGGUCAUGGAACUCAUGUAGCAUCAAUUAUAGCGGGUGGCCUUGUUAGUACAAGCUUCUAUGGUCUUGCUAACGGUAAUGUUUCUCCAUGGGCACUUACAGUUGCAUCAAGCAGGACUAAUCGUAAAUUUAUUACCAACCUGAAGUUGGGUGAUGGUACAACAUUUGAGGGAAUUUCAGUGAACACUUUUGAUCCUAAUGGUUUCCCUCCUAUAGUGUAUGGUGAUAAUGUGAAAAAGAGAGGCUUCUGUAUUCCUAGUGUUAGGUCCUGCCUUCCAAAACCACUUAAUCCACGGUUGGUAAAAGGUAAAAUUAUAGUUUAUGACGAAUUUAAUACAGGAGAAGAAGAAGCUCUUUUGGGUGGAGCAGUUGGUAUGGUGAUACGAACAAAUGUAUCUUCAACAACUGCUAAGGUUUUUUCACUCCCAACAACUUUGGUUGGAGGUGAGGAUGGAAUACAAAUCUUGAACUAUAUUAAUAGAACAAGAGAUGCAACUGCAAGCAUAAUGAAGAGCUAUGAAAUUGUUGAUGAGUUUGCACCAUAUACUUCACCUACCUCGUUUAGGGGACCAAAUACUAUAACAUUUGGCAUCCUCAAGCCGGAUUUGUCUGCACCUGGUGAUAACAUAUUGGCAGCGUGGACACUUGCGAAUUCUCCAACGAAUCUAAAAAUGGAUAGAAGAAGAGUUCCUUAUUCAAUCAAAUCGGGCACAUCAAUGGCCUGCCCACAUGUUAGUGCCGCGGCUGCAUAUGUCAAAUCUUUUAAUCCAUCGUGGUCUCCAUCAGCUAUAAAAUCGGCUCUUAUGACAACUGCAUUCACCAUGAGUGCAAUGAAAACUCUAGAAAAAGAAUUUGGUUAUGGAGCAGGACUCAUAAAUCCUAUAGCGGCGAUCGAUCCUGGACUUGUAUAUGAUGCCAAUAAAGAGGAUUAUAUACAGUUCUUGUGCAGUCUAGGAUAUACCAAUCAACAAAUGCACUAUCUUACGGGUGACAAUAGCACAUGCACCGAGUUUGUGAAACAAUAUGACUGGAAUCUUAAUAUGCCUUCAUUUUGCUUCCUUACCCUUCCAUUGAAAAAUUUUAAGGUCACAUUUCUUAGGAAAGUUACAAAUGUGGGCUUGACAUCGACUACUUACAAUGUCAAAAUUGAUUCUUCUGAGAAAUUGAAAAUACAUGUUUUCCCCGAUACAAUCUCUUUCAUGGGUGUCGGACAAACUCAAUCAUUCACGGUGACCGUUGAGGGAAUAAUUCCUCCAUCGACAAUUGUUAAUGCUUCUUUGUCAUGGGUAGACGCCACACAUAAAGUGAGAAGUCCCAUUGUUAUUUAUACAUUAUAA